CACUAAAGAGUGGACAGAGAGAGAGAGAGACAGACUGUGUUGCAGCUCAUUCCAGUUUGAAAUACACCACAGAAGAGGAACAGGAAGAUGGGUUAUGGAGACAUCAUGAAAGUUGAAACUACCGGUGCUUCGCAGAAAACAGCUAAGCAGGACAGUCUGGGAUACUCAGGUGUGAAGGCAUCACACACCAUGGCACAGACUGAUGCAGGCAGAAUGGAAAAGUACAGGUCUAAAAUCAACAAAGUAGGAGGAAGUUGUGGAAUUGAUCCGGCUCUCAUUGCUGCCAUCAUUUCCAGAGAAUCCAGGGCUGGAAAUGAACUAACUAAUGGCUGGGGAGAUGGGGGUAAUGCCUGGGGACUGAUGCAGGUUGAUGUUAAUCCAAAUGGAGGUGGACACACUGCAAAGGGUGCAUGGGACAGUGAGGAACACCUCACCCAAGCAACGGGGAUCUUGGUUGAUUUUAUCAAACGGAUCCGCAGCAAAUUUCCUGGCUGGACCCCAGAACAGCAGCUGAAAGGAGGGAUCGCAGCCUACAAUAUGGGGGAUGGAAGCGUCCAUUCCUAUGAAAAUGUGGAUGGCGGCUCAACAGGUGGAGACUACUCUAAUGAUGUUGUUGCCAGAGCUCAGUGGUACAAAACUAAUAAAGGCUUUUAACAGCUGAAGGUGUUCACAACAAAAUUCUUCAAAACAUAUCCUACAAAUCAUAAAGAAAACACUCUGUAAUGUGUGCUGUGUGCCAAAUAAACCAGAUG